UCAUUCCGUGCCCUCCUUUGUGUGGUGGGUCGGGUGGGUUUUACAUUAACUCAUUCCCCAGCAGCAGGGCUGAACUCUAACCCAGAUGGAGUGGAUCAUUGCCAUACCCGUCGACAGCCCACAUCUUGACGAGACACCCUCCACCCUGUCCCAUUAAUCACACUGGCAAUGUCGAGUGUAAAUUUUUUUUUUUUUACAGUUAUUUUACCAGGGAGGACAUAGAGACCUAGGUCUCUUUUUCAAAUGUGCCCUGCACAAUACAACACAAAUAUACACAUUAAAAUACAAAAACACAGUCAUGGGAAGCGCAAGUCAAAAAUCACAAAUCACCCUGAAAAACUGUUACAUUCCUCCACAAAUAAUUCCCCAAUCAAUACUCUAAACUGCACGAACGCCACCAGAACAUUAAGAUUAAAUGUAUUUAGAAUGUUGUUAUUGUAACAAUGAUGCUGGGAGCCAGGAAGCAUGUGCAGUUGGUGAGUUUAAUAAAGAACAUAGAGUGAUGCAAAACAAGAGAAGCGUCUGGACAUGAACACAGAAUCAAUACUGCCUGAAGAGUGAUGCUAGGGAGUGCUAGAUAAAGGGAAAGUAAUCAGGGUAGUGAUGAAGUCCAGGUAUGCCUCAUGAUGGGGCGCAGGUGUGCGUAAUGAGGGUUGCCAGGUGUGCGUAAUGAUGGUUUGCCAGGACUGGUGGUUAGUAAACUGGCAACGUCGAGCACCAGAGCGAGUGAGCGGGAGUAGACGUGACAGUUCCCCCCCGCCCCCCCGGAUGCGCGGCUCCAGCCGCAGGACUGCGCCGGCCAGGGUGACGGCCCCGAGGGCGAGGUGCGGUCUGGUCCGGACGCCGAAGGUGGAAAUCUCGGAUGAUGUUGGGAUCUAGAAUGUUGUCCACCGGAACCCAACAGGUACUGGAGCCGACCCUCACAACAUCGGGAGUCCUGGAGGGAUCUGAGGAUCUGACGGCAUAGGCGGGGCUUUCUUCGAUGUCCAGGGGAGGCGGACGGGUGUCGUGGGGCCUGAGGAGGGAAACAUGAAAGAGGGUGAGAUUCUGUAAUUAGUGGGGAGCUGUAAUUUAUAUGUUAUCUCGUUGACCCUCCAGAGGAGGGCCCCACAGACCCGGAGCUCAGCUUCUUACAGGACAGGCAGAGUGGGAGGUUCCUAGUGGAGAGCCAGACGCGAUCACCAGGAUGGAACAUGGGAGCCUCAUUGCGGUGGCGAUCCGCCUGCUCCUUCUGGUGGCGGACGGCACGUUGGAACCUCACGUGGGCAUUGAUCCAAACCUCUUCUGCAUGCCUGAACCACUCGUCCACCGCAGGGGCUUCGGUCUGACUUGGGGUCCACAGAGCCAGGGCAGGCUGAUAACACACUGGAAGGGAGUCAGCCCUGUGGAGGAGGGACGCAAUGAAUUCUGAGUGUACUCCGCCCAGGGAAGGAAUCGGGCUCGCUCCCCCUGCCGGUCCUGUCAGUGACUCCUCAGGAACCUCCCCAGCUCCUGGUUCAUCCUCUCCACCUGCCCGUUAGACUGAGGCCGGUACCCGGAAGUGAGGCUGACCGUGACCCCCAGCUUCUCCAUGAAGGCUUUCCAUACCUGUGAUGUGAAUUGGGGGCCACGGUCAGAGACGAUGUCCUCCAGAAGACCAUAGUGCCGGAAGACCUGCUGGAACAGUGCCUCAGCAACCUGGAGACCGGUAGGGAGACCAGAGAGGGAUAAAAUGGCAAGAUUUAGAGAAUCUGUCCACAACCACCAAAAUGGUGGUGAAACCAUCAGAGGAGGGGAGAUCAGUGACAAAAUCAAUGGACAGAUGAGACCAAGGACGCUGAGGCACGGGAAGGAGUUUCCCUGCUGGAGCGUUCCGGGGAGAUUUAGUUUGGGCAUAUACGGAACAGGAGUUGACGUAGCGAGUGACGUCCUUCGCCAAGGUAGGCCACCAGUACUUUUCGGAGAUAGAUUGAAUAGUGCGGGAGAUACAUGGAUGUCCAGCAAUGACAGCUGUGUGCGCCCAGGUCAGCAGCUGAUCCCUUAUCACUGUGGGAACGUAGAUGCGCUCAGGAGGACAGGUGGUGGGUGCGGGAUCCCUCUCCAGGGCCUGGCGAAUGUCCACAUCUAUGUCCCAGACCACAGGGGCAACAACUCGAGAGGGUGGAAUUAUGGGUGCACUCAAGGCAGGAACCUCUUCCGAAUCGUAGAGAUGGGACAGGGCAUCGGCUUUGGUGUUCUUUGAACCUGGGCGAUAUGUCAGAGUGAAGUCAAAUCUAGUGAAAUCAAACGGCCCACCUUGCUUGGCGCGGUUUCAGCCACCUCGCUGUCUGUAUUUUCUCCAGGUUCCGAUGGUCGGUGAGGAUGAGAAAUGGGUCCUUGGCGCCCUCCAGCCAGUGUCUAAACUCCUCUCUAAAGCCAACUUCACCGCCAGGAGCUCCCGAUCGCUGACAUCAUAGUUCCUCUCUGCAGGAGAGGUUCUUUUGAGUAAUAUGCACAAGGAUACAAUUUCUGUGGAUUACCUUGUCGUUGGGACAGGACAGCCGCCACACCCACUUCUGAAGCAUCCACCUCCACCACGAAGGGCAGCGUAGGAUCUGGGUGUUUGAGCAAUGGGGCGGAGGUGAAACGUCCCUUCAGUAGGCGGACGGCUUCGUCAGCUGCAGGACUCCACCCUAACUUACGGGGACCACCCUUGAUGAGAGAGGUGAGAGGAGAGGUGAUAGAGCUAAAGUUCUUGAUGAAAUGGCGGUAGAAGUUGGCAAACACCAAAAAUCGUUGUAACCCCUUUAUGGUGGUUGGGACUGGCCAUGACCUGACAGCAUCUACCUUCUUACCGUCCAUCAUCACUCCUUGCAGGCCGAUCUGGUAACCCAGAAAGGAGACAGCCUCCUGAUGGAAUUGGCACUUCUCCGCUUCUACAUGUAGGUGGUUAGCCAGGAGGCGUUCCAGGACUACUCGGACGUGAGCGAUGUGAUCAUCCAAGUUAGCCGAGUAUACCAGGAUGUCGUCGAUAUACACAACCACCUGGCUUCCGAGCAUCACCAAGUACUCGUAGUGACCAGACACUGUGCUGAAAGCUGUCUUCCAUUUAUCCGCCUCCCAGAUGCGGAUAUGAUUGUAAGCACUCCGCAGGUCCAAUUUGAUAAAGAACCGGGCCCCGCGGAGCUGUUCGAUCUCUGCUGGCACCAUCGGGAGAGGGUAACAGUAUUUAGUGGUGAUGGCAUUCAGACCUCUGUAAUCAAUGCACGGGCAUAACCCUCCAUCCUUCUUUGCCACGAAGAAGAAGCCCGCCGACGCAGGAGAGGUGGACGUGCGGAUGAAACCUUGUUGGAGCGCUUCAAGGAUGUACUCCUCCAUAGCCUUAGUUUCAGCCACCGACAGAGGGUAGAUGCGGCUGCGCGAGGGCGCAGAGCCUGCAAGCAGGUAAAUGGCACAGUCCCAGGGGUGAUGAGGAGGGAGACAGGUGGCGCUGGUCUUGGAAAAAACCUCCCGAGGUCUUGGUAUACCUCCGGGAUGUUGGGCUGAAGGGCAACCACAGGACUCUCAACCGACGUGGAACCACAGGGGAAGGGAAAGCAGGUCCUCCGGCAUUUGGGUGCCCAGUCUGUGAUUGUUAUGGCUUUGGAGCUAUGGGAGGCCGAGGAUGAUCUUGUGUAUGGGUGCACUGAUGAUAAGGAAGGGAAGGCUUUCUUGAUGUAUGGACUCCACGGUGAGGGUGAGUGGUGUUGUGAUGUGUGUGAUAAUCCCAGAUCCCUGUGGUCGAUUAUCCAGCGCUUAAACCGGAAACGGAGAGUGGCUAUGAGGUUAUGUUCAGGGAGGAGGCAAGGACCUGGUCAAUCAAAUUCCCUGCGGCACCGGAAUCCACUAGAGCUGUAGAAACAAUGCAUGAGGCACAGCCAGCUAGUGAAAUCGAUACUAAAAAGGGUUUGGUGGAAAGUGAUUAUGAUGGAAUACUCAAGCCUAACCCAGGAGACGGAUGAUCACAGGGCCGUCCCUCUGCUCUCGUGGACCCCGGGAUGGAAUGUACCGGACACCAUUGAAGCUGGUGCCCUUCUUGACCGCAAUAGGGACAGAGCCCCAGCUAUCUCCGAUGGCGUUGCUCAGCUGCGGGGAGGCGUGUGGCCCCUACCUCCAUGGGUUCAGGCUCUGACUCAGAACGGUCAACGAAGGAGGGAGAGAGGCGAUGGGGGUGCCGACGCUCCCGAAGCAGGUUAUCCAGACGGAUGGCCAUCGCGAUGAGUGCGUCCAAGGAGAGGGUGUCGUCUUGGCAUGCCAACUCCGUCUGGACCUUUUCACGCAGUCCUCUUCUGAAUAGGUUGCGGAGUGCCGGCUCAUUCCAUCCACUGGAUGCUGCCACUGCCCGGAAGGUGAGGGUGUACUCCGCAGUGGUCUGGCCAUCCUGCCAUAGUUGGAGUAGGCGCUCACCCCCCUCUCUGCCCUCUGGUGGAUGAUUUAAGACUCCUCUGAACAGAGCCAUGAAGCCCUCAUAGGAACCCAGCCCUCCUCUCCUCUCUCCCAGACGGCCAUAGCCCACUCCAAUGCCAAUCCGGUCAGCAGGGAAAUAACUGUGGCAACCUUGGACCUCUCGGUGGUGGGGGCUCCCAUCUGAUGAGCGAAAUAGAGGGAGCACUGGAGUAGGAAGCCACGGCAUUUGGAUGGAGUCCCGUCAUAUUUGUCCGGGAGGGACAAACGGGCAUUGCUGACCUGGGCGGACUGCUGGAUGGGCUGGGGUGCUGGCUCGCUGGGUCGACUCGUGGGAGAGAAUCCUCCGCUGGUUGGAGGUGACGCCCCUCGGGUAAUGUCGAGACAUUGAAGAACGCAGAGGACCUCAUCCAUAGCCGUCCCCAGUUGCGCCAGCUGGUUGUGGUGUUGACGAAGUGGAUGUCCCUGUUCGCCGACCAUCUGGGAGGUGUCUUGAUUCCCUGCUGCUUCCAUUUGUUGAGGCAGUUUUCUGUAACAAUGACGCUGGGAGUCAGGAAACAGGGGCAGUUGGUGAGUUUAAUAAAGAACAUAGAGCGAUACAAAACAAGAGCAGCAUCUGGACAUAAACAGAACCAAUACUGCCUGAAGAGUGACGCUAGGGAGUGCUAGAUAAAGAGGAAGAAAUCAGGGUAGUGAUGAAGUCCAGGUGUGUAAAUGUAAUGUAAAUCUCCCUUCCCUCCACCAUCACCACCAGUACCAGUACCAGUACCACCACUGUCCUCUCAUCCCAUAAACACUGUCUUUGCAUGCUGGAUACUGCAUACUGGAACUACACCUUGUGGAGAUGACCUCAAACACAUUGCAUUUUUGUUGUAUUUUUUACUUAGCUCAAAAGCAUUUAAGUGCAUUCGGAAAGUAUUCAGACCCCUUCUCUUUUUCCACAUUUUGUUACGUUACAGCCUUAUUAAAUACCUUUUUCCCUCAUCAAUCCACACACAAUACCGCAUAAUGACAAAGCGAAAACAGGUUUUAAUAAAUUUUUGCAAAUGUAUAAAAAAAAAACGGAAAUACCUUAUUUACAUAAGUAUUCAGACCCUUUGCUAUGAGACUCGGAAUUGAGCUCAGGUGCAUCCUGUUUCCAUUGAUCAUCCUUGAGAUGUUUCUACAACUUGAUUGGAGUCUACCUGUGGUAAAUUCAAUUGAUUGGACAUGAUUUGGAAAGGCAUACACCUGUCUAUAUAAGGUCCCACAGUUGACAGUGCAUGUCAGAGCAAAAACCAAGCCAUGAGGUCGAAGGAAUUGUCCGUAGAGUUUUGAGACAGGAUUGUGUCGAGGCACAGAUCUGGGGAAGGGUUCCAAAAAAUGUCUGCAGCUUUGAAGGUCCCCAAGAACACAGUGCCCUCCGCCAUUCUUAAAUGGAAGAAGUUUGGAACCACCAAGACUCUUCCUACAGCUGGCCUCCUGGCCAAACUGAGCAAUCGGGGGAGAAGGGCCUUGGUCAGGGAGGUGACCAAGAACUCACUUUGACAGAGUUCCAGAGUUCCUCCUCGGAGAUGGGAGAAACUUCCGGAAGGACAACCAUCUCUUUAGCACUCCACCAAUCAGGCCUUUAUGGUAGAGUGGCCAGACGGAAGCCACUCCUCGGUAAAAGGCUCAUGAUAGCCCGCUCUGAGUUUGCCAAAAGGCACCUAAAGGACUCUCAGACCAUGAGAAACAAGAUUCUCUGGUCUGAUGAAACCAAGAUUGAACUCUUUGGCCUGAAUGCCAAGUGUCACGUCUGGAGGAAACCUGGCAUCAUCCCUACGGUGAAGCAUGGUGGUGGCAGCAUCAUGCUGUGGGGAUGUUUUUCAGCUGCAGGGACUGGGAGACUAAUCAGGAUCGAGGGAAAGAUGAGCUCCAGAGCGCUCAGGACCUCAGACUGGGGCGAUGGUUCACCUUCCAACAGGACUACGACCCUAAGAACACAGCAAAGACAACGCAGGAGUGGCUUCAGGAGAAGUCUCUGAAUGUCCUUGAGGAGCCAGAGCCCCGACUUAAACCCGAUUGAACAUCUCUGGAGAGACCUGAAAAUAGCUGUGCAGCGACACUCCCCAUCCAACCUGACAGAUCUUGAGAGGAUCUGCAGAGAAGAAUGGGAGAAACUCCCCAAAUACAGGUGUGCCAAGGUUGUAGCGUCAUACCCAAGAAGACUCGAGGCUGUAAUUGCUGCCAAACGUGCUUCAAACGUGCUUCAACAAAGGGUCUGAAUACAAAUGCAAAUGUUAUAUUUCAGUUUUUUAUUGUAAUACAUUUGCAAAAAAAUCUAACCUGUUUUUUCUUUGCCGUUAUGGGGUGUUUUGUGUAGAUUGAUGAGGGGAAAAAACUAUUUCAUCAAUUUUAGAAUAAGGCUGUAACGUAACAAAAUGUGGAAAAAGUUAAGUAGUCUGAAUACUGUAAACAUUGUGAGUAAUUCAAAUUGAAUUUUGACUCACAUCAACCUUUGGAACAUUGAGCACUCAUGGGGGCUACAAACAUAUGUUAGGAUAUACACAAUGAUUUUAAGUUAUGGUAGAAAUUACUGCAGGUGUGUGUUUAUCAAUCAUUCCCUCCCACACUCUGUUUCCCACUCAAGUUCCAUCACACAUCGAUUCUAGACACUUUUAUUCCCAUGGGCUUAAUAAUGCUUGUCUUUACCUCUCCCCCCUCUCUCCUUGUCAUCUCUCUUCAGAAAUCAAGCCUACCGUUUGGGAUGUUGGAUGCUGGCUCUGGCAGACAAUAACCUUCCAUGAGUUUUAAAGAGAGGACAGGAGACCCCCUCCAUCAGCAACACCAGGACCAGGAGAAGAACACAUUCAGCUAAGACCUUGAAAGUAGGAUACAAACCUUUAUAGGCUAUCUACUGUCACAUAAUGUUAGUGGAGAGUGAGGUAUGUUGAGCCAAAGGGGUAUGUUGAGCCAAAGGGGUAUGUUGAGCCAAAAAGGUAAGUUGAGUCAAUGGGGUAAGUUGAGCCACCCUUUUUUCUAGGAAACCAUGCACAUAAUUAAUAAUUUGACCAAAUAUUUAGGAAGAGGUCAUCAUUUCAUGGAGUCUGAAGGAAGAAAUCACAUGAAAAAAGUGGUAAGCAAGUUAGGUCACCAACUCAAAUUAAUUUAUUGUGUUAGAGGUUUCAUGAUACUUGUAUCUAAAACAAAGUAGAUAAUUUUAAGAUUGUUCUAUACGUCAGUUGGGGUCUCUAUAAGGUCCUAAACCUAGCAUGAAAGUGCAUCCUUGUAGCUGUGUGGGCUAAUAUAGUCAAAAUGUUUGCCUUGGGGUAAGUUGAGCCAAUGGUUGAGCCAAUGGCAAGUUGAGCAAAUUGAAGUGUUUUCUUCCAAGGUGUAAUGCAUGGCAUAGGGCCUGGCCUACAUUAAAGGUGUAAAAAAAAAUUACAAAGUGUUUGUUAGGUGUUAAGCCUGUGUUAAAAUAUGUUUAAAAUGAUUUAAGGACAAAAAACUGAUUGUGAUUGUGUUUAAUUGUUUUUGGGAAAUAAAGAUGGACAUGGUUUUAUAAAGGUAGUGGUCAUAUUCUAUUCAAUACAGAUUUGUAGGCAGAUUAACAUACCCUGUCCCACGGCUCAAUUUACCCCAUACCUGGGGUAAAUUGUGCCAAGAAACCACUUUUUUUGGACAAGCUAUGUUCUCAAAACUGUAAUGUUUACAUGAAUUCAGAUUAUUUCUAGGGAUGCACAACAUUCUGAAAUAUAUGUAGAAAUCUUUGUUAGAAAGGAUACUAUAUUUCCCUUGAUGGAGUGAUGCUGAAUGUAAAACAUGGCUCAACUUACCCCACUCUACCCUAUUGAAUAUGUAUUUUAACUAAAUGUAUUUUUAAUUGCUGAAUGUUAUAGGUUGUAUGAUGACACAUGGCUCAAGUAGAGUGUAACCUACCAUUUUUGACAGCCAGUGCUAGAAAUAUGUGAUUACUUAAAAUUCACUGAAGUGUUUAGUGGCCUCUGUUUAAUGAGGCCCCAGUGUGAAUAGAACAACCAUUAUGCAAUGAGGAAUAACACUGUAAAUUCAUUGAAUGUACCAAGUGUAAUUCACUGUAACUGGGCUGGGAUUUCAUUUCAACAUCCAGAGGGAUUGUUAAUUUGUAUAAACUCUGGAAAGAAAAGAAAACAGAAUGAAUUAUGGUUCCAGCAAGUGAGAUGGAAGCAUUUUGUCAGUCAUGUGUCUGGAAUUCUUCAGCACACAGGUCCAGAAAUAAUAUUAACUUUCUCUAUCUAAAAGACUGCCACACUGCUUGUCCACCUGUAUCAAUAGUACUGUUAAUGUCACAAGAAAACCUUUCAUCGCCAAAUCAUGACAUAUUCUUGGAUCAACCUUUCAUUUCCCUGUAGAAAAGAGGUUUAACGUUUUCUAAAAUGUGAAUGUUGAUUUUAGCCUAUAGUCAAAGGACUUUGAUAAUCCCUGAAUGCAGAAGGUGAAGGUACAGACAGACCAUUUUGCUUUCACAAUGGAAGCUUUUGUACCCACUGUAUGAUCCUUAUCCCUAAAGCAGGGAAACAUUACCUGACAAGAACACACUCUCUGCUAUGAGCUUCCUGACAGGUUGCGAUAAGUAAUUGGGGUGAAAUCAGACUUGCUAGUGGAGGAAGCAGAAUUAAUCUUACAUGUCUCACAUGUUAGAUCACCCCUAACUGAACCCUAAUCCUGGAAUAAUACUUAGCACCUGGUCAGGAAACAGCUGUGAGAUGUACAUAACAAAGUCCACAAAACACUAUACCAUUAAAGGGGGAAAUCAAUCACAGAUGAAUUGACCAUUGCCGUGUCCAAAAUGUUCCUCUGUUCUAACAACUGUUAAAAAAUAAAUAUAAUUAUCUCUGGUUUGACAGGAGAACACUACUGUCUACAGGACAGUGACCAAUGUGGUGCUACAGUACCUGUUGUGCAUACAGCAACAUUUGGAGCAGCCAUGAUGGAUAAACCCCCUACUGCUCCACCACACACCUCCCAUCCCACAAUAGAUGUGCCUUGAUGUCCCCAGUCCCUCCCCUCUGACAUCUACAUCCCCCUCUCCACAGCCCUGUUCCAUUCUGUCUACAUAAUGUCUCUCACAGACUACAAAAAUGAUGCCAUUCCUCAAAUGGACUACAAAUAUGGCCAACUCUGCCCCAUGGAAGUUGAGAACUACAGGAAGAGACCCACAAUGCCUUGUUUGGACAAUGUAGAUGACGGUCACAUAAGCCUUCCCAGUGUCCUGGAGGUGAGGCGGGUUCCUCUGUGGCCAUUGGGCCCCCUGAGGAGUGUCACAAAGGUCAAGGUUAUCAGCUUCCUGCUUGGACUGACGUUGACCUUCCUCAUUAUGGCUUCUUACGUCUUGGCCUGGGAUAAAAAGGGUCUGAUGCUGACACCGUCACCUUUUCACCUCAGUACUAUAGUCAAUCCCAGCAGCACCAUCUCCCCUAACAUGUCCUCUACCAAGGACUAUGUCAACAUUAAGCUCCUGGUGAAGUGCAUUACAUCUAAACUUGAGUUCAGCCCAAGGAAGCUGCCUCUUCUGAAGGACGUUGUCAAUAGUGACUCUCAUGUGAGUAUGAGCAAAGUGUCUGGCCUGUUGUUUCAUGUGUGCUGUUUUGUCUCAGGGCGAAAAUCCUUUCAAUCAUUUAUAAUAUCAAAUAAGAUAAUACAUCAUUACAAUUUUCUAGAACUGUUUGAAAAGUAUUUGACAUUGUAUCUGUUUUGCACUUCCCAGUUGUUUUCCGUUAUUCCUCGUCAGUUCCUCCCCAAUAUCAAGAGUCCAUGCUGGUAUGAGGAGCUCUCUGGGAAAACCAAAGUGGAUCCUUACAGGAAAAACUUGUAUACAGUUCGCUCCAAGAGCUUCCGGACUGUCUGUGACUACCUAAGGAAUCAUUUCCAGGAACACUUGUACCACAGCGACGACGACAAGCAAUACCGCCUGCGCUGUCUGCCAUAUUUCUACAUCAUUGGCCAGCCCAAAUGUGGCACAACGGACCUGUUUCACCGACUACUUCUACACCCGGAGGUCAAGUUCAGCACCAUGAAAGAGCCCCACUGGUGGACAAGGAAAAGGUUUGGUAAGCACUAGUCCCCUUGUCUUCACUUUGGUAGAGCUGCCCACAGAAUUUGGCUUCCAUUGAUUUGGAUGGAAAACUUUUACAUUGGCUUCAACAGCCUUUUCACCCUGCCAAAAUACAUUUCCAGGGGGAACCACCAGUAAUGUGUGGAAUAUUUCCAUUGAUAUUCAUAUUACAUCUAUUUUGAGGUAAUACAGUGGGCCUCUUUUCCCAAUGAUUGUGCCUAAAUCUACAGUAUGUACACUAGUAAAAAUAUAACUGAAUGAAAACCCAAAGAGUUGCCUCUGUUAUGAUCAUCUCCGCUUAUAUUUUCCCCUACAGUUAUUUUUUCAAAACCUUUGUACAGAGUGAGUAAGUGUUGUUCUGGACUUCUACAGUAGUGUGUGGGAGAUGGAUGAGAAGAGGUCCAGCCCCUCCAGACUAGUGUCUGUUGUAAUUCCUUUAAUUGAAUGGAAUGCUUCAGGGUAGAGUCUGAGAGGCUGCGUAGGUGUCGGAUCACACUCUGAGGAGAGCCAUACUGUAGAUCACACAGAGUGCAUUGAUUGCAGGCUCCAUCGCCAAGUGGGUUUGUGGGCGUUCAAAGCAGCGGGGGAAAUGGUUGGGGAUGUUAGUCUUUCUGCUAACAAUGGAUCAGAAAGGCAGCUACAUCGGGUCGCCUGUGGCGACGUAGUCUGAGGUCUUAAUCUUCUCUGAGCUCUGACAGGUGUGAAAAUAUGGACAGAACUUAAUGUCAAAAUUGUAUCACCUUAAGCUGACAGAAGUUUUGGUAAAAACUAUGAUUUGCUUUUGAGAGGGGCUAUAGUUAUGAUAUACCAUAGAUGGACGGGGCCUCCUGUAGCUCAGUUGGUAGAGCAUGGCGCUUGCAACGCCAGGAUUGUGGGUUCGAUUCCCACGGGGGGCCAGUAUGAAAAAUGUAUGCACUCACUAACUGUAAGUCGCUCUGGAUAAGAGCGUCUGCUAAUUGACAAAAAAAAGAAAAAAAAAGAAGUGGAUGGUAGUGAAAUAAGAUUGAAUGAUGAAGUCAUUGACCAUGAUGUUGCUCUACCUUGUGGUGCAGGUAUCAUCCAUCUUAAAGAUGGCCUCCUGGAGCGCUUCCUUGUGGAGGACUACCUGGACCUUUUUGACCUGGCUGCCUACCACAUCCAGCAGGGAAUACUCGGGAAUACCUCUGGCGACGACAGCCAGCGACACCUCAUCACAGGUAACCUACAGGUCAUCAUAUAUGUAGGUAAUUUAUAUAUACAGGAUACAUCUUGAAUAAUAAUGUAGAUAAUUUGAAAGUCUUUAUAAACUCUUGGGUUGCAAUCUUUUCAACAAAGUUAGUCAUAGAGGCUGCCGUCUUACUCUCUCUCUGUGUGUGUGUGUGUGUGUGUGUGUGUGUGUGUGUGUGUGUCUGUGUUUGUGUAUUUAUGUAUAUGUGUGGAGGAGGUGUUGUGUGAUUACAAACCUCAUUCAGUAUUCAUUGCCAAUUCAGAACUUUUGAACAGAUAAGAGCAGGAAUGUGACCCUGAUUAAUACCAGAAUACUUAUUUUCUCCUCUCCUAUGGACAUUUAAGGUUUUGACAUAUUUAAUUUGCUAAAGCCAACAUAAGAUUCAGUGUUAUGUAGGAGUUAUGAGAGGCUACUACUGAUGUGUUAUAUUCACUUUUAAGUGUUAUGACAUUAUACAACGGGUGGGUCUAAUCCUGGAUGCUGAUUGGUUAAAAACGUGUUCCAGCCGGUGUCUAUUCACUGUUGCAUCUCACUGCGCAAUCUACUGUCUCAUCAGCCAAGCCAGACAAUAUAUAAAGUUGAUCUCCACUGUAAAAAAGUUGAUCUCCACUUUUUGUUGACUUCUGUAAUCGCAAAAGUCUUGGUUUCUUGCACAUAAAUAUCAGAAGUCUACUUCCUAAGUUUGAGUUAUUCACUGCGUUAGCACACUCUGCCAACCCUGAUGUUCUAGCAGUGUCUGAAUCCUGGCUCAGGAAGGCCACCAAAAAUUCUGAAAUUUCCGUCCCCAACUAUAACAUUUUCCGUCUAGAUAGAACUGCCAAAGGGGGUGGAGUUGCAAUCUACUGUAGAGAUAGACUGCAGAGCUCUAUCAUACUAUCCAGGUCUGUGCCCAAACAGUUUGAGCUUCUACUUCUAAAAAUCCACCUUUCCAGAAAUAAGUCUCUCACUGUUGCCGCUUGCUACAGACCCCCCUCAGCCCCCAGCUGUGCCCUGGACACCAUAUGUGAAUUGAUUGCCCCCCAUUUAUCCUCAGAGUUUGUACUGCUUGGUGACCUAAAUUGGGAUAUGCUUAAUACCCCAGCCAUCCUACAAUCCAAGCUAGAUGCCCUCAACCUCACGCAAAUUAUCAACGAACCUACCAGGUACAACCCUAAAUCCGUAAACAUGGGUACCCUCAUAGAUAUCAUCCUGACUAACAUACCCUCUAAAUACACCUCAGCUGUCUUCAACCAGGAUCUCAGCGAUCACUGCCUUAUUGCCUGCGUCCGUAACGGGUCCGCGGUCAAACGACCACCCCUCAUCACUGUCAAACGCUCCCUAAAACACUUUAGCGAGGAGGCCUUCCUAAUUGACCUGGCCCAGGUAUCCUGGAUGGAUAUAGAUCUCAUUCCGUCAGUAGAGGAUGCCUGGUUGUUCCUUAAAAGUAAUUUCCUCUCAAUCUUAAAUAAACAUGCCCCAUUCAAAAAAUACAGAACUAAGAACCGAUAUAGCCCCUGGUUCUCCUCAGACUUGACUGCCCUUGACCAGCACAAAAACAUCCUGUGGCGUACAGCAUUAGCAUCAAAUAGCCCCCGCGAUAUGCAACUUUUCAGGGAAGUUAGGAACCAAUAUACACAAGCAGUCAGGAAAGCAAAGGCUAACUUUUUCAAACAGAAAUUUGCAUCCUGUAGCACUAACUCCAAAAAGUUUUGGGACACUGUAAAGUCCAUGGAGAAUAAGAGCACUUCCUCCCAGCUGCCCACUGCACUGAGGCUAGGAAACACUAUCACCACCGAUAAAUCUACAAUAAUCGAGAAUUUCAACAAGCAUUUUGCUACAGCUGGCCAUGCUUUCCAUCUGGCUACCACUAACCCGGCCACCAACUCUGCACCCUCUGCUGCAACUUGCCCAUGCCCCCCCCCGCUUCUCCUUCACACAAAUUCAGACAGCUGAUGUUUUGAAAGCGCUGCAAAAUCUGGACCCCUACAAAUCAGCUGGGCUAGACAAUCUGGACCCUUUCUUUCUAAAACUAGCCGCCGAAAUUGUCGCAACCCCUAUUACUAGUCUGUUCAACCUCUCUUUCAUAACGUCUGAGAUCCCCAGAGAUUGGAAAGCUGCCGCGGUCAUCCCCCUCUUCAAAGGGGGUGACACUCUAGAUCCAAACUGCUACAGACCUAUAUCCAUCCUGCCCUGCCUUUCGAAAGUAUUCGAAAGCCAAGUUAACAAACAGAUCAUCGACCAUUUCGAAUACCACCGUACCUUCUCCGCUAUGCAAUCCGGUUUCCGAGCUGGUCACGGGUGCACUUCAGCCACGCUCAAGGUCCUAAACGAUAUUAUAACCGCGAUUGAUAAUAGACAGUACUGUGCAGCCGUCUUCAUCGACCUGGCCAAGGCUUUCGACUCUGUACACCACCGCAUUCUUAUUGGCAGACUAAAUAGCCUUGGUUUCUCAAAUGACUGCCUCGCCUGGUUCACCAACUACUUCUCAGAUAGAGUUCAGUGUGUCAAAUCGGAGGGCCUGUUGUCUGGACCUAUGGCAGUCUCUAUGGGGGUGCCACAGGGUUCAAUUCUUGGGCCGACACUUUUCUCUGUGUAUAUCAAUGAUGUCGCUCUUGCUGCUGGUGACUCUCAGAUCCACCACUACGCAGACGACACCAUUUUGUAUACAUCUGGCCCUUCAUUGGACACUGUGUUAACAAACCUCCAAACGAGCUUCAAUGCCAUACAACAAUCCUUCAGUAGCCUUCAACUGCUCUUAAACACUAGUAAAACUAAAUGCAUGCUUUCAAUCGAACGCUGCUAGCACCCGCCCACCCGACUAGAAUCACCACUCUCGACGGGUCUGACCUAGAGUAUGUGGACAACUACAAAUAUCUAGGUGUCUGGUUAGACUGUAAACUCAACUUCCAGACUCACAUAAAGAAUCUCCAAUCCAAAGUUAAAUCUAGAAUCGGCUUCCUAUUUCGCAACAAAGCCUCCUUCACUCAUGCUGCCAAACAUGCCCUCGUAAAACUGACUAUCCUACCGAUCCUUGACUUCGGCGAUGUCAUUUACAAAAUAGCCUCCAACACUCUACUCAGCAAAUUGGAUGUAGUCUAUCACAGUGCCAUCCGUUUUGUCUCCAAAGCCCCAUACACUACCCACCACUGUGACCUGUACGCUCUUGUUGGCUGGUCCUCACUACAUGUUCGUCGUCAAACCCACUGGCUCCAGGCCAUCUAUAAAUCACUGCUAGGCAAAUCCCCGCCUUAUCUUAGCUCAUUGGUCACCAUAGCAGCACCCACCCGUAGUCUGCGCUCCAGCAGGUAUAUCUCACUGGUCAUUCCCAAAGCCAACACCUCCUUUGGCCACCAUUCCUUCCAGUUCUCUGCUGCCAAUGACUGGAACGAAUUGCAAAAAUCUCUGAAGCUGGAGACUCUUAUCUCCCUCAAUAACUUUAAGCAUCAGUUGUCAGAGCACCUUACCGAUCACUGCACCUGUACACAGCCCAUCUGAAAUUAGCCCACCCAACUACCUCAUCCCUAUAUUGUUAUUUAUUUUGCUCUUUUGCACCCCAGUAUCUCUAUUUGCACAUAAUCUCUUGCACAUCUAGCAUUCCAGUGUUAAUACUAUUGUAAUUAUUCUGCACUAUAGCCUAUUUAUUGCCUUACCUCCAUAACUUGCUACAUUUGCACACACUGUAUAUAUAUUUUCUGUUGUAUUUCUGACUUUAUGUUUUUUUACCCCAUAUGUAACUCUGUGUUGUUUUUAUUGCACUACUUUGCUUUAUCUUGGCCAGGUCGCAGUUGUAAAUGAGAACCUGUUCUCAACUGGCUUACCUGGUUAAAUAAAGGUUAAAUAAAAAAAAAUAAAAAAAAAUAAAAAAUAAAAAGCAUGUAGACAUUAUCUCCCAUGUCUUUUAGACUAGCAUUUGGUUUUCAACAGCAGAGAUUUAUAUAAACCUUGCUGUCUGUUUCUCCGACAUUUGUAACAUUGUUUCAAUAUUGAAACGGACGAGACAGACAGGCAAGAAGCUUUUUUCAGCCAGUCGAAAUCAUGGAUCAGCAGCCUUUUAUGGAUAUAUACAAAGAAAGAAUAGAAUAGAAUAGAAAAGCAGGUAAAACGAAACAAAAUGCAUCUAGUUUGCUGUCUUUCCAGCUACAGUUUGAAGUGAUAGUGUUGCUGUGUAGCUGGCUAGCUCCUCUGAACAGUGUCCUGGCGAGAGUACACAUUUUCUAUGCCAGGUGCAAUCGCGCAUCAAUAGCUCAUUAAGCACAUUUCCAUCCACAGCUUUUUUUAUUUUAUUUUAUUUUAUUUAACCUUUAUUUAACUAGUCAAGUCAGUUAAGAACAAAUUCUUAUUUACAAUGACGGCCUACACCGGCCAAACCCGGACAACGCUGGGCCAAUUGUGCGCUGCCCUAUGGGACUCCACAUCACGGCCGGUUGUGAUACAGCCUGGAAUCGAAUCAGGGGGUCUGUAGUGACGCCUCAAGCACUGAGAUGCAGUGCCUUAGACCGCUGCACCACUCGGGAGCCAGGUCAUUAUAUAUUGCUUUCAUGCGAGUAAAAGUCAUGCUGUAAAACAAAAAAUCACGACAGCAGUGAUGGAAACAGGAAGUUUCGGUACAAUUUCAUAAAUGCCGACAGAUAAUUUGUUCAUUCGACAUGGUGGGAUCUUUUUGUGUCGGUAAAAUGUAUUAUGCGAGAAAUGGUGGUGGAAAUUCCUUUAUGCGCAAAUACUGAUAUAAUAACCAUCAUAUCGAAGUAAACACGCGAUGACAUGGUGUGUGGUCCUCUUCCCACUACGACUCGGGAAACCAUGCAUUUAUUAGGCUAUAGAUUAAAUAAAUGAUGAUGAACCUCACAGGGUGGUGAAAAUGUAUGGUAUGAGCUUGAUCCUCCUUUCCAAUAGAUGUCAAGGGUCUUAUUCUGGUGACAUGAUGAUCGAUGCUUGACUGCUGUUUGACAAAUACAAAUAUCCAUAAUAAUCUCAUCAUGUAGAUGAACCUACCCGCAGAGCCUACCUGCACUGUAUCAGCAAGCUGUUGGCUAGAGAGUACGUGCCAAGACCAGAUUAGGCACAUUUGCUAUUUAACGCAACAGUUUGUGACAAAACUAUCGGUAGAGUUGAAAAUGCGAUGGAAACACAUUGAACAUUUGAUUUUUAUUUGGUAGCUACAAUAUGUAACUUUUUGGGCGACCAGACCAAAUUCACAUAGAAAUGUGUUAUAUAUCUGUCAUUCUCAUUGAAAGCAAGUCUAAGAAGCAAUAGAUCUGUUCUAUGUGCUCUAUUUCUAUGCUUCCCGUUCUUAAAUUUAGUUUUUGCGUCUUUUAUUUCCGGUUUUGUACACCAGCUUCAAAUAGCUGAAAAUACAAUAUUUUUGGUUAUGGAGAAUAUACUUCACAGCAGUUUAGAUUGUACAAUGACUCUUUACACUAUACUUGUUUGUUUUGUCACAUAAACUGAAAUUAGGCGAACUAUUCGAAUUUUAGCAACCAGGAAAUGGCGGAGCAAUUUCUGCAUAGUGCAUCUUUAAGAGAAAAAUCACAUUUUGUCUGCACUACAUCAUCACGCACUGAUUUUUUUCCCCGCAACAAGUCAGUUUGGUGGAAACACACCACAAGUGGGAAAAUUGCAUAUUAUCUUUAUGCAUAUUUUAGAAUAUUUGCAUGAAAAUCUGGUGCCAAUUGGAUGGAAACCUAGCUACUGUUAUGGAUGUAUCCAAAUAAAUGUCACUAGAAAAAAGCUUAAACAAACGCAAAUGCAGCUACUUUGCUGUUAUUCUGGCUGCACUGUUUGAUGCGACUAUGUUAGCUGAAGUUGGCUAGGUAGCAAGCAAGGGAUAAGAACAUUUAGAACUAACGACUUGGUCGCAUCCAAAGAUAUACAACAAAAAGACUUCAAAACUGGAUCGCGUCUCUGGCAACCUAACCGAUAGAAUGAAUGACCAGCUGGCUUGGUUAGCAACCCUAGAUUUGUGUCAGGUCUAUAUCUCGUGGAAGGAUGAAUAAAUUCAUACAAAUUACGUUUUUUAUUAAAAUAUGUCAAUCAUUAAUUGAAUAUGUUGGUAACCCACUGUAUAAAAGUGAUAAUGCCCUCAAAGCCGGUGUCUGGAGGAUAUAUUGGCAUGGUUUGCCUCCAAACACUGGCCUUUCUGGCAUUAUCACUUAAAUGGGCAUCACACUUCUGAUGGAUUGACAGGUGAAGCAAGCGCAUCCACGAUGUGGGACAACCAAGCCUGGAGCUUUCUCUAUGACGACCAGGUGGAUGGGGAGCCUCCUUUCCUGGCCCAGGACUUCAUCCACACAGUUCAGCCCGAUGCUAAAAUCAUCGUCAUGCUCAGAGACCCAGUAGAGAGGUACAGAUGUGUGAUCUUAAUUUGACAGCAUCUGCAGUACAUUAUCAUGUGGAUUAUAAUUAAUGGACAGUUUUGUAGGGGUUGAACAUAAUUUGUUAGUGCAAAUCAAGUCUGAAAUGUUAAAGUGGAAAUUACAAACCUUAGAAGCAUUUUUAAACAUUGAAUACACUAUUAUCACACAACAGCGUGAUCAAGGAAAAUUCUCACACAACAGGGUGAUCAAAUUAAUCUGUAGGACUCAAUAAUUGUUUGGCUAGCUGUAAAAUAGUUUUCACUCUAGGAAUGUCUGUGCAUUUGGUAAAUGUAUCUGAUGAAAGUAUGAUUUCUGGUUGGCGUCUCCCUUUGCUUUAGGUUGUAUUCAGACUACCUGUACUUCAACAUGGCUAACAAGUCAGUGGAGGACUUUGACCAGAGGGUCUCAGAAUCCUUACAGCUGUUUGAGGCUUGUUUAGCAGAGAGCUCCAUGCGUUCCUGUGUCUACAAUACUAGCCUCUCCAAUGCCAUGCCGGUGAGUGGAACAUAUAAAUAAAUAAAUAAUACAUAUGCCAUUUAGCAACUUACAGUCAUGCGUGCAUAUUUGUAUUACUGGCAUUGGAAAUGUACAACACUUUCUUACCAUAGGUAUUCAAAGUAAAUGCAUUGGAAUGCAAUGGAAUUGUGUCACUAUCUUUGGUGGAUAGUGUAUUGUCUAGAUGGGAAGAUGAGAAAAUAAUGUGUAAGAGCAAGACCACAUUUAUUAAAAGAGCAUUAUCCCACUGGGCACAGAGGGCAGUUCAAUGUCUAGUUUUAAUUUACACUUGGUGGAGUUGUCAAAUAAUGUGAAAUCAACCAAAAAUGUCACCAUGUAUUUGGAGUUAGGUUAAAAUGUGGGUAAAAAAAAGACUAGAUCCACUUAUGUUGAUGACUUUUUGCAAAUCCAAUCAGUUUUCCACGUUGAUUCAACGUAAUCAAAUUGUUUGGUUUUGUUGAAAUGACGUGGAAACAAUGUUGAUUCAAACAGUUUUUGCCAAGUGGGAUGUCAUCGAAGUGCAUACAAAGUUACAGUGGGGAAAAAAAGUAUUUAGUCAGCCACCAAUUGUGCAAGUUCUCCCACUUAAAAAGAUGAGAGAGGCCUGUAAUAUUCAUCAUAGGUACACGUCAACUAUGACAGACAAAAUGAGACAAAAAAAUCAAGAAAAUCACAUUGUAGGAUUUUUUAUGAAUUUAUUUGCAAAUUAUGGUGGAAAAUAAGUAUUUGGUCAAUAACAAAAGUUUCUUAAUACUUUGUUAUAUACCCUUUGUUGGCAAUGACACAGGUCAAACGUUUUCUGUAAGUCUUCACAAGGUUUUCACACACUGUUGCUGGUAUUUUGGCCCAUUCCUCCAUGCAGAUCUCCUCUAGAGCAGUGAUGUUUUGGGGCUGUCGCUGGGCAACACGGAAUUUCAACUCCCUCCAAAGAUUUUCUAUGGGGUUGAGAUCUGGAGACUGGCUAGGCCACUCCAGGACCUUGAAAUGCUUCUUACGAAGCCACUCCUUCGUUGCCCGGGCGGUGUGUUUGGGAUCAUUGUCAUGCUGAAAGACCCAGCCACGUUUCAUCUUCAAUGCACUUGCUGAUGGAAGGAGGUUUUCACUCAAAAUCUCACGAUACAUGGCCCCAUUCAUUCUUUCCUUUACACGGAUCAGUCGUCCUGGUCCCUUUGCAGAAAAACAGCCCCAAAGCAUGAUGUUUCCACCCCCAUGCUUCACAGUAGGUAUGGUGUUCUUUGGAUGCAACUCAGCAUUCUUUGUCCUCCAAACACGACAAGUUGAGUUUUUACCAAAAAGUUAUAUUUUGGUUUCAUCUGACCAUAUGACAUUCUCCCAAUCCUCUUCUGGAUCAUCCAAAUGCACUUUAGCAAACUUCAGAUGGGCCUGGACAUGUACUGGCUUAAGCAGGGGGACACAUCUGGCACUGCAGGAUUUGAGUCCCUGGCGGCGUAGUGUGUUACUGAUGGUAGGCUUUGUUACUUUGGUCUCAGCUCUCUGCAGGUCAUUCACUAGGUCCCCCCGUGCAGUUCUGGGAUUUUUGCUCACCGUUCUUGUGAUCAUUUUGACCCCACGGGGUGAGAUCUUGCGUGGAGCCCCAGAUCGAGGGAGAUUAUCAGUGGUCUUGUAUGUCUUCCAUUUCCUAAUAAUUGCUCCCACAGUUGAUUUCUUCAAACCAAGCUGCUUACCUAUUGCAGGUUCAGUCUUCCCAGCCUGGUGCAGGUCUACAAUUUUGUUUCUGGUGUCCUUUGACAGCUCUUUGGUCUUGGCCAUAGUGGAGUUUGGAGUGUGACUGUUUGAGGUUGUGGACAGGUGUCUUUUAUACUGAUAACAAGUUCAAACAGGUGCCAUUAAUACAGGUAACGAGUGGAGGACAGAGGAGCCUCUUAAAGAAUAAGUUACAGGUCUGUGAGAGCCAGAAAUCUUGCUUGUUUGUAGGUGACCAAAUACUUAUUUUCCAACAUCAUUUGCAAAUAAAUUCAUUAAAAAUCCUACAAUGUGAUUUUCUGGAUUUUUUUUCCUCAAUUUGUCUGUCAUAGGUGACGUGUACCUAUGAUGAAAAUUACAGGCCUCUCUCAUCUUUUUAAGUGGGAGAACUUGCACAAUUGGUGGCUGAAAAAAUUAUACAGCUGCACCAUCGAGAGCAUCCUGACUGGUUGCAUCACCGCCUGGUAUGGCAACUGCUUGGCCUCCGACCGCAAGGCACUACAGAGGGUAGUGCGUACGGCCCAGUACAUCACUGGGGCCAAGCUUCCUGCCAUCCAGGACCUCUAUACCAGGCGGUGUCAGAGGAAGGUCCUCAAAAUUGUCAAAGACUCCAGCCACCCUAGUCAUAGACUGUUCUCUCUGCUACCGCACGGCAAGCGGUACCGGAGUGCCAAGUCUAGGUCCAAAAGACUUCUCAACAGCUUCUACCCCCAAGCCAUAAGACUCCUGAACAGCUAAUCAUGGCUACCCGGACUAUUUGCACUGCCCCCCCACCCCAUCCUUUUUUCGCUGCUGCUACUCUGUUAAUUAUUUAUGCAUAGUCACUUUAACUCUACCCACAUGUACAUAUUACCUCAACUACCUCAACUAGCCGGUGCCCCCGCACAUUGACUCUGCAACGGUACACCCCCUGUAUAUAUAGCCUCCCUACUGUCACUUUAUUUUACUUCUGCUCUUUUUUUUCUCAACACUUUUUUUGUUGUUGUUUUAUUUUUAAUAAAUGCACUGUUGGUUAAGGGCUGUAAGUAAGCAUUUCACUGUAAUGUCUGCACCUGUUGUAUUCGGCGCAUGUGACCAAUAAAAUUUGAUUUGAUUUGAUUUGACUAAAUACUUUUUUCCCACACUGUAUUCAGAGAUGGCUUUGUCUAUGCCAAAUUGUGAUACAUUUUCCAGGCCUUAGCUAGAUUGAUUCCAUGCCAAAUUGUGAUCCAUAACUCAGGCCUUUAUUUUCCAUGUCUAAUAGGAUUUGUUAUUCAAAUCACGGCCACUUCCUUGAGGCUGGUGAAAAUGUGUUGUGACAUGCCACUGACUUGAUAAUGGAUUAAAUUAGUCAAGAACCGUGAAGUUUCCUUUCAGAACUGAUUGAACUGAGAUGCACUUACUGGAAAUGAUUUAGGAAGCAGUCUCUAGAAAUAUUGUCAUUUAUUUUCAGAAAAUACAUUCUCUUGCAGUUUUAACUAUUUUACUACAUUGACAUUGGCUCGGUUUUAUACAGGUAUGAAUGCUUUGUUUAGUUAUUAUGAUCCCCAUUAGCUGUUUCACAUGCAGCAGUUACUCUUCCUUGGGUCCACAAGCUUUAAUGCUUUAAACGUUUCCUUACUGGACAGAGUACAGUAAUGCUAAGUAAAGGCUUGCCAACUGCCCUCUGUAAAUUAUAAACCGUCCAGAUGCUGUAAUGUACAUAGCAGCAUUUCCAUGGGGUUGAGCUGAGCUAGCUCUGUCUGUACCCUCGUCACAUAGUAGCAUACCAGGUUGGCUGCAGCUGUCACAGCCUGGGGCACAGCUAGUUUACAUAGGAAAAGCACAAAUCACGAUACCCACAGCCAGAAAUAAACACUACUGUUCACACUGUUCUACAUACAUCUCAGCCUGAUUUGUGGUAGUAAUGUUAUUGUAUUGGUGCCGACAUGGUGCUUAGAGGAGUACCUUUGGAGAUCCGUGUGUACCUAUUAAGGUAAAUAAAUAUUAACAAAGUAUAAGUUCUUUGACAUACAGCAGCGUCAUGGAUGUCGACCUAAAGUAGCUCCCUGUUUACAUUUGACAUCUGAAUCCAUGCUGUUGAGCUUAUGAUUGUUUAAAAAAUAUUUCCACCUAGCUCGUUGUCAAGAUGUAGUUCAUCUCAGAUGGCGCCUUCUUUCUCUCUGCUGCAUCUACAGAAGUAUAAUUACUUUUGUCGGUUGGUCUCUAGCACUCUCUGCAGGUAAGCUUGUGUACUGGUAACAGGAGUCAUGCUGUAACUCUUUAUCGGCAAUAUUCCUAUAGCAUGUAGCUUGUUCUCCACCUUAACAAUGAAGCCUUGGUAGAAGAGUUACGUAAAUAUAAUGUAAGUCUAACGUUCAGUGUUUGUUGUGGUUCUCUCCAGGUCAGACUGAACCUGGGACUAUAUAUUGUCUUCCUGCUGGACUGGUUGACUGUCUUCCACAGGGAUCAGAUCCUAGUUCUGCAGUUAGAAGACUACGCUGCCAAUCUGAGACUCACCAUACAUAAAGUCUUUGACUUCCUAAACGUGGGUACGUUCUGGAAAAACACAGUUAUCAGAUAGCUUGAAUUCUACAUCAACAUCUUAGGUGUGUUCAGAGCUAGGACACAAUAUUGUUGAUGCAUGUACAUGUCUGCUUCUUCCUCUGUGUGCAUUUCAACAUCUGGGGCCUCAUUUAUCAAAGGUGCGUGUGCAAAGAAAAGACUCUAAACCUUGCGUGCUCCAGUUUUCCCGCAAAGUUUACUAGGUAUUAAUGUUUAACUUGAUGGGAAAGUGUGCGCAUCUCCACACAAAUCUCAAAUUAUGCAUGCGCACAACUUCUAGAAGGUUGAUCAACUGUAUUACAAGCAAAUAAGCUUUAUUGUUCGUUUGGGGGAAAUGGGGAGGUGUUUGAUUCUUGAGAAUUAUAAUAAUAGUAGGCUAAUAAAAACAUUAAAGCAUAGGCCUAAUGAUAAAACAGAUGCAUUUGCCGUUGGGAAGGAGAUCACAUAGCAGCAUGUCGUCUAAUAUGUUUAUUUUACUUUUAUUAUAUAGGCCUGAAUCAUAAUCAUAUUGCAGGACAGGUCUCUCCCUACUGGGCAAAAACUGGUGAAUCAACGUUGUUUCCACAUAAUUUCAACCAAAACAUUCAAUGUGAUGACAUUGAAUCAACGUGGAAAACUGAUUGAAUUUGAAAAAAGUCAUCAACGUAAGGGAAUUUCGUAUUUUUUCACCCAACUUUUAACCUAAAUCCAAUAACACAUUAGUUGACAACUCAACCAAAUGUAAAUCAAAACUAGACGUUGAACUGGUGUUUGUGCCCAGUGGGUCCUUUUCUGACAUAACUGGUUUAAAUUAUUCAUGCUACACAACCAAUAGUAAGCUACCAUUUAUCAAUCACUCAUUCCAUAGCCAAGCAUGCUCGAAAGUAAAUAGACCGGUAGCCUUGACAGUAUGUGAAUAGUACAGUAUUGCUGUGCGAUAGGAUUAGGAGCGUGACAUCAUAGCCUAUUUAAUUUCAGAGCCUAUACCAAGGCAGGAGACAGAAACACAAUAAUAUAUUGAUAAACAAAAUAUUGAACAACAAUUUGUCUUUUGCAUAGGGCCUUUAUCUGAGCAGACCGAGGCAGCGCUCACCAAGAGGCCCAUGUCCAACACACGGAGGGCAGCAGACAGGAGCCUGGGCCCCAUGCUGCCCAGCACCAGGGACCUCCUCAGGGAGUUCCACCAGCCAUUCAACCACAAACUGGCCACAGUCCUGGACAACAAAGCCUUCCACUGGACAGAGACA